GCUUAUUUACCUAACAACAGUAGCAUGAAAAGGGGGGCUUACUUUGUUUGGAUUGGUUAUUGGUUUAUUUUAAAAUCGAUUAUUUAAUUUCUGAUUUGUAUGUAUAUUAAUUUAUAAAAUGGAUAUUAAAAAUCUUUAUCCAGUUAAUUAUUGUGAUAUUAAAAUGAAAGACGAACCCAUAGAAGAAACUGAAUCGAAUGAUAUUCCCAAAAUAAGUAUAAAAACAGAAUACACAAGUGAAGUUGAAGAUGGAUCAGACUCAGACACAGGCAAUUUAGUGAUAAAACAAGAAUUUGAAGAAAGAAGUGAUGAUUAUUCGAUAAGCAAUGUAGAAAUAAAAUUGGAAGAUAUUCCAUUUUCUAACCAGGAACUUGGAGUGAUCACUCAUAACAUUGAAGCCAUUGCCCAAUGUGAUGUAUGCUCCUUCCCAAUCACAGACAAGAGUUACUUGUCAAUUCACAAGAAAAUCCGUUGCCCAAGGCAAUGGGAAUGCUGUGACAUGUGCAACUACAUAUGCGACAGCGCCUUAAAAAUGAAGCACCAUAAACGGAAGCACACAGGAGAUGAAGAUUUGAGGCUUCACUGCAAAGAUUGCUCCUUCAGUACUUUGGAACAGCGUCUCUUGGACAUACAUUGCAGAGAAAAUCAUUACAGUCAUAACACUGAAGCCAUUGCCCAAUGUGAUGUAUGCUCCUUCACAACCACAGACAAGACUUACUUGCCAAUUCACAAGAAAAUACAUCGCAUAAGCCAAUGCUGUGACAUGUGCCACUACAUAUGCGGCAGCGCUUUAAAAUUGAAGCACCACAAACGUAAAAAGCACAUGACAGAUGAAGAUUUAAGGCUCCACUGCAAAGAUUGCACAUUCAGUACUUUGGUACGGCGUCACUUAAGCAUACAUCGCAAAGAAAGUCAUAAAACACUGAAAAAUGUUCGUAUUGAUGAUAAGGAUAGGAUUAUCAAAUGUCAGUAUUGUGCUUACCGCGGCAAGGCACCAAAUUUGGAGAAACACAGAGCACUAUAUCACGAAGAUUUGCCGUUGUGCUAAAAAGCAGGUGUUAACCUUCAUUUUCAAUAAUGCAAAUUGCAGGAAUUUGAGAUGAACAUUGAUAUAAAUUGAACUAUAUGUAUGAUUCGUCGUAAUCGUCAUUCUUCUAUUCUAAAUGCAUCCCUCCUAUCUAUAUUUAUAAGUGAAAAUUCUCCAAUACUCAAGUUUCAAUGUUAGCAAGUAAAUGACUGAUUAUUUUUCUCUGUUCCUUAGUACAUAAUAUAUUUUAAUUUUUAAUAAUUUAUUGCAUUGGCGUCAGCUAAUGACAGAUUUUGCUGACCGAUUUUCUGUUUUCGGGGCAUGGUAUUUUAACACAUUAACAUUAUAUAACCAUUUAAUGGUGAAAAACCAAAGCCAUAAGAUUUGCACGUACUGAAAGGGUUGAAAUAAGGGCGCGAUAUUGUGAAAGAAUAUUCGGUUGCUGAUCGUUUUCUGGCUUAUGGCAAUCGACAAAAUUAAAUUUGAUAUCGUUGGGAACCAGAAAAAAAAAUUCCCAUAAGCUGGUCAGCUGUUGAGGUAUAUUUUCCAGCAGCUGCAAGAGGAAAGUAAAUUUUCCAUAUGCCUAGGCCUAGCACACGUCCGUUCGCUACAUAAUAUAAAUAAAUCACAUAAUUUUCAGUAUUUGAAAUCCCCAAAAAGAGAAAAUCUGUCAUAAGCUCAUACUCUAUAUAGAAAUGUUUAUAUUCUAAAUGGUACAAAAUGUCGGUCAGUUGUCUCGAAUAUAUUAAGCCAGCUUUUAUGAUUGCCAUUAUUUUUACUUUUUGUGGAAGCCUGAAAACGCUCCAUUAUUGGAGAGGAAAGUUGUUGGGAGAGUUACCCAAUAAACCCCAUGUUUUAGGUGAGAAUAGAUAAAGAUGUUUCUUUUUUGGCACUUCACUUGUUUUAAGAUAAGUAUCCCUCUGAGUGGUUCCCUGCUAUAUUAUCCUUAGAAAAAGUGAUAAACUCAGAGUUGUUUUGGGUAAUUUGAUAUUCCCUUAACUUCACUACAAACCCAAAAUGAUAUUUAGAGCAAUAAUUUGAAUUUUGAGGUAAAAUAACAUAGCAUUUUGAUCUUUGAGAUUAUCCAAAUUUUAGUAAUAAUUUAGCUAUUCAGUAUUUAGUGCUUAUAUUUAUGUCAAAAAUAAAUUUCUUAUUAGUGUUUAUUGGAAUGUGAGUGACUAUUGGCGUCACUUUAAAGGCAUAAUAAUUUUGUGAAACCCCUGCUUUCUGUAUUUAUAGGUGAAACUCCUUAGCACUAGAACCUAUAGAACAAACCUAGAAGUAGUUUCUAGUCUAAUUGUUAUAUGUAUUUGUGUCCAUACAGUAUUUUUAAUCUCAUAAUUUUAGUGAAAAUCGCGGUACAAACCAAAAACCAUUUUUAUAGCAAUAAUUUUUAAGAUAUUAGCCAUACUAUUUAAAAUCAUCCAAAUAUGAGCAAUAAUUUAUGCACCUAAGUAUUAUAUAAGUAUUUUAUUAAUUAUGCAAUUCAUAGGCAUACUAUUUAAAAUCAUCCAAAUAUGUAUUAGCAAUAAUUUAUCUAGUUAAGUAUAAGUAUUUUAUUAAUUAAGCAUUUCAUUUUAAGCAGGCAUAAUCGUCAACAAUAUUGACAAUGUUGGAUGAAUACUGAAAAUCUGAGCUCGUGUAUUGUAUGUUGGGAUUCAAUUUUAAAUAAUUUGCACGUUACAGGUUUAUUCCUAAAAAUAAUUGAUCUUGUAAAGUACAAAAUGUAGAAAAUAUAUCUACUGUGCUUGUAGUUUGUGCUUAUUCUAAAAUGUCGAUACAUGUUUAUUUCAUACGUACUGUAACUAGAAUCACAAAGAAAUAUGUACUUCAAAUUAUGAUGGAUAUUAGGUAAUGCAAUUUUGAGUCUCACCUUAAUUGAUUUAUUGAUGUGUAAACUUCUUAUAGGAAGUCAAACGUUUAACGCUUUCAGAGAGUGGGAAUUUUUAUGGGUAAGUUUACACUUUAGUAUUUUUAAUACCUAUUUAGAAGUACCAGUCGUGCUAGUGACUAAACGUAUGUCGCUUCUUGAACACACAAAUACAAUUAGGUUAGGAAUUUCCUAUUUGUACCGGAUGUUUUUUUAUCUUUGAUAUCAUUUUGAUCAAUGAUCACCUGUAACUUUUUUGUUUUUGACGUUAUCAAGGUAAACAAAAAAACAAAAUGUAGGGUUAGUAGCCAAGUUUUUUUUCAAGUUACACAUGAAACAAAACACUAUCAAUUUUUUGACAUAAGCCUACAUUAUAUAUUUUCAAAUGGAACACCCUGUAUAUUAUAUGUGUGUUCAAUAGAAUAUUUUAUUCUGAUUACAAUGAUAUAACACACUUCAUAUUUUGGUCCACUCGUUUUUGACAAAUCGGCAAAAAUAUGAAGUGAAACUUAUUAGGCGGGGGUCUGAUAUUUGGGACGAGAAUUAUUGAAACUAUUGAGAGUGUUUAUAAAAAUUUACUAUUUUUUUGUUGAUUUGUCAAAAACGAGUGGACUAAAAUAUGGAGUGUAUUAUAUCAUUGUAAUCAGAAUAAGAUAUUCUAUCAAACAUACAUAUAAUAUAUAGGGUGUUCCAUUUAAAAAAAUAUAAUGUAACUUAUAUGUCAAAAAAUUGAUAGUGUUUUGUUUCAUGAGUAACUUGAAAAAAAACUUGGCUACUAACCCUACAUUUUGUUUUUUUGUUUACCUUGAUAACUUCUAAAACAAAAAAGUUGCAAGUGAUCAAAAUAAUAGCAAAGAUAAAAAAACACCCGGUACAUGAAAUUGACGUAUUAUUAGCAAUCGACGUUCAUUUUUGUUGGUAACUUUUUGUUUCGUCUGAUUCGUGAUUGAUAAAUGGGGUUAUUCUAAAUGGGUACUAAAAAUUCUAUAUGUGCGUUAUCGUGACACACUAACAUUUUUUUGUUGAUUCAGGUAAUAGGUAUAUAUUUCUAAAAAUGUUUUUUUUUUGAAGUGAAUACUUCUUUGGCCGCAUGAGAGUGAUUUUUCAAGGUCGCGUCACGACACGAUUUAUAAAAUUUUCUUCUCGCAAGUGAGAUGAAGCAUAUGAUGAAUAUGAGGAAGAGAGAGAAAAAGAGAUCGAUAAAUAAGUAACUUCUAUCACGUGUACUGUGCUGCACGCGACUUUUUCAAUUUUUUAAUAUUUAUAUUAUUUUGUGUGAUUAUCUAGUCCAUAGUCAAUGCUUAUACUGCUUAUUGUUUGCCCAGCGGAUCUGAGUCUAUGGAAGGAAUUCGGAAGUAAAUGUGCCAUGUUGCCACGUUUAUUUAUAAAAAAGCGAAAAUACUAGGGAUGAAGUAUAGUUAAUUUGAAAAUCCAUUUUUUAAUAACAAAAUAUUGAUACAAUAAUAAAACGCUAAAUAUUAUUUUAACGUGGUUGUUAGAUCUAUCCUUAUUUUAAUCCUGAUUUCUUCAAUUUGGUCUAUUGUAAAAAAUAAACAUUUUCUAAAAAUACCAUCAGCUUUUGACAAUUUGGCAAGCAUCCGUCCUGGAUGAACCUGAUUGGUGGAGUUUUUGGCAGGAUCGCCGUUGUCAUGGGGAACCAUACGGUUGUCAAUGAGCUAACGUCACCUUACGUCUCGCUAUUGGCCAGGGCUCACGUCAUUUUAUCCUCCCAUCUUGGAAUAUGGAUUUAUAUUGAAAUAUCCAGUGGCGGAGAUUUGGUAAUUGCUGAUUUUCGUGUACGAGUUGCAAUACGAUAACACUUCCAAAAAGUUCCGCACACAGCUGGGUAUUUUAUGAAUGAAAUCAGCCAUUUUUUUUGACAACUGCAUUCCCCUUACCGUUGCCUCGUAGACACAGAUUCGCUGGGCAGACAUUACAUGACAUUGUAGCCAUAUCCCUGAUUUUGAAUCAAUAUAAAUAGGUACUCACAAAUGCUCUAUUUAUAGUAUAAGUAUACUUGGUUUCUAAUAAAUGUAAAUUUCUGUCAA